UCAGAGUAUCCAACCAUUUUGAGAGGGCGAGCAGAGCAGUUUGUGUUCUUCAAAAAAUGGCGGAACAAAUUCCAUUCAGCGUCGUGGAGAAUGUUUUGAGCAGUUUAGGAUCCUCAGUUGUUCAAAAAAUCGGAUCUAUAUAUGGCGUUCGAAGGGAGCUGACAAAGCUUGAGGAGACACUGGGUACCCUCAAAGCUGUUCUUCUGGAUGCUGAGGAUCACCUGGAGAAAAGCCGUGCAGUGAAAGAUUGGGUGAAGAGGCUCAAGGGCGUUGUGUAUGAUGUAGAUGACUUGUUGGAUGACUUUGCAACCUACCGGUUGCAGCAAGGAGGGCUCGUCAGGCAGGUGAGUCACUUCUUCUCGUCCUCAAAUCAGGUUGCAUUUCGUUUCCAAAUGAGUGGGAGAGUCGAUGAUAUCAAAGAAGCACUUGAUGAAAUAAAAAAAGAUAUCUUUCUGUUGAAUGCUAUUCCACGAAGCACAAUUCACCCACGGGCAAAGAAUAUUGGGAGAGAGACCCACUCAUCCCCACAUUCAUCUAAUCUUAAUCCAAGAAGUGCAGAAAAAGAAGACCUACUAAAAUUGGUGUUGUCGCCUGACAAAAAAAUUGUUGCUAUAGUUGGCAUCGGGGGAUUGGGUAAGACCACUCUUGCUCAAUUGGUAUACGACGAUGAAAGAGUGCAACAAUAUUUUGCCUUUAAGAAAUGGGUUUGCGUUUCUGAUUAUUCUGGUGAGGGUUUUGGUGAAAGUGCGCUGCUAAAAAAGUUGUCAAAAUCUAAAAAUGAUGAGGGUUCACAGAGCCUAUCAUUGGAUGAUUUGAAAAAUGAGCUUCACAAACAAAUAAGUCAAAAGAGGUACUUGCUAGUACUAGAUGAUGUCUGGAACAAUGAAAAUGAAAAUUGGGAGAAAGUGAGAACUCUAUUGGAGGUUGGUGAUGAAGGGAGUAAAAUUGUAGUGACCACCCGGAACGCUGAGGUUUCAUUUAUGGGUAAUAAUACUGUUUGUCUUAAGUUAAAAGGUCUAGACAAAGAUGAGUCUUGGAAUUUAUUUUCAAACAUCACAUUUGGAGGACAGACGAAUACAGUGAAUCCUGAGAUCAUAAAAGUUGGAAGAGAAAUUGUAAACAUGUGUAAUGGAGUUCCACUCAUCAUCAACACUUUAGGGAGAACAUUAAUGCAGUUUAAAUCAGAUUUGUCCAAAUGGUUGUCUAUUCAAAAGAAUGAAAAUCUUUUAUCACUUCCAUAUGGAAAUGAUAAUGUUCUACAGGUGUUGAAACUAAGUUAUGAUAAUUUGCCAACACAUUUGAAACAAUGUUUUACAUAUUGUGCUUUAUUUCCAAAAGGCUAUGAAAUUGAGAAAAAGUUGUUGGUACAAUUAUGGAUCGCACAAGGUUACAUCCAAUCUACAAAUGGGAAUGAGCAAUUAGAGGAUAUAGGAGAUCAAUAUUUCAAAGAAUUGUUGUCAAGGUCAUUGUUGGAAGAGGUUAAAAAAGAUGAUUUUAAUGAUACAUUAAGUUGUAAAAUGUGGGACCUUAUAUAUGAUCUUGCACAAUCAAUUGUAGGAUUUGAGAUCCUUGUUUUAAGAAGUUAUGUAAAUAACAUUCCAGAAGAAGCUCGUCAUGUGUCAUUGUUUGAAGAGAUAAAUCCUAUGAUAAAGGCUCUAAAGGGAAAACCCCUAAGGACCUUUCUAAACCAUUGUGUAGAUUCUUAUGAAGAUAGUACAAUUGUAAAUUCAUUUUUUCCGAGUUUUAUGUGUUUACGUGCAUUGAGUUUAAGUCGUAUGGGUGUAGAGAAGGUGCCAAAGUGUUUAGGCAAAUUGAGUCAUUUAAGGUAUCUUGAUCUUUCCCACAAUGGGUUUAAGGUACUUCCAAAUGCUAUUACAAGAUUAAAGAAUUUGCAAACACUAAAACUCAUAAGGUGUUGGAAUUUACAAAGAAUUUCAAACAAUAUAGGAGAAUUGAUCAAUCUUAGACACUUGGAGAAUAAUGGAUGUUAUCACUUGACUCAUAUGCCACAUGGAAUCGGCAAGUUGACUUUACUUCAAAGUCUACCAUUGUUUGUGGUUGGGAAUGACAUAGGGUGGUUAAGGAAUCACAAAAUUGGUAGCUUGAGUGAAUUGAAAGGCCUUAACCAACUAAGAGGAGGGUUAAACAUAAGUAAUCUUCAAAACGUGAGGGAUGUUGAACUGGUAUCCAGGGGAGAAAUUUUGAAAGGAAAACAAUAUCUUCAGUCCUUGAGAUUGGAAUGGAAUCGGUCGGGCCAAGAUGCGGCGUAUGAGGGUGAUAAGUUAGUGAUGGAAGGCCUUCAACCACACCCACACCUAAAGGAUAUCUUUAUAGCAGGUUAUGGAGGUACGGAGUUUCCAACUUGGAUGAUGAAUGAAGGGUUGGGUUCCCUGUUUCCCCACCUAAUUGAAAUUGAAAUUUCGGGAUGUUCAAGAUGCGAAAUUCUGCCACCCUUUUCUCAACUCCCUUCUCUCAAGUCUUUGAAGCUUCAUCAUAUGAAAGAAGCGGAGUUAAAGGAGGGUUCAUUAACAACGCCACUCUUCCCAUCUCUUGAAUCGCUCGAACUCUCUGACAUGCCAAAGUUGAAGGAAUUGUGGAGGAAGGACUUACUAGCAGAGGAAGGUCCUUCAUUUUCUCAUCUUUCGAAGUUAUAUAUUCAUGAAUGUUCUAGUUUGGCAUCGCUGCAUUCUUCUCCUUCUCUUUCUCAAUUAGAGAUCAUCGAUUGCCAUAACUUGGCAUCCUUGGAACUGCAUUCUUCUCCUUGUCUUUCUCAAUUAGAGAUCAUCAAUUGCCAUAACUUGGCAUCCUUGGAACUGCAUUCAUCUCCUUGUCUUUCUCGAUUAACGAUCCAUGAUUGCCCAAACUUGACAUCCAUGGAACUGCCGUCAUCUCCUCCUCUUUCUCGAUUAGAAAUCAGAAAAUGCCCUAACUUGGCAUCCUUCAAAGUGGCUCCAUUACCUUCUCUUGAGACACUAUCUCUGUUCACAGUUAGAUAUGGUGUGAUAUGGCAGAUAAUGUCUGUCUCUGCUUCUUCUUCUUCGUUGAAGUCUCUGUAUAUUGAAAGCAUAGAUGAUAUGAUAUCUCUCCCGAAGGAGCUACUUCAACAUGUUUCUGGCUUGGUAACGUUACAGAUCUGUGAGUGUCCUAACUUGCAAUCCUUGGAACUGCCAUCAUCCCAUUGUCUUUCUAAAUUAAAGAUCAUAAAUUGCCCUAACUUGGCAUCCUUCAAUGUGUCUUCAUUACCUCGUCUUGAGGAACUAAGCCUGCGUGGAGUCAGAGCAGAGGUACUGAGGCAGUUAAUGUUUGUCUCUGCUUCUUCUUCAUUGAAGUCUCUGCGAAUACUGGAGAUUGAUGGUAUGAUAUCUCUCCCAGAGGAGCCUCUUCAAUAUGUUUCCACUCUCGAAACUCUCUACAUUGUUAAGUGCUCUGGUUUGGCAACAUUACUACACUGGAUGGGCAGCCUUUCCUCGCUUAUGGAACUCAUUAUUUGUGACUGCUCUGAAUUGACAUCACUGCCAGAAGAGAUCUAUUCCCUAAAAAAACUGCAGAAAUUUUAUUUCUGAUUAUCCACACCUACGGGAAAGAUACAACAAGGAAACAGGUAAAGACCGGGCCAAGAUUGCUCAUAUCCCACAUGUUCGUUUCAACAUUGGUUUCUAUAUGAAAUUGGAGCUUCUCGACAAUUUCUGAUGCUGUGCACUAAACUAAUCAUUUUACUUGGAGUUGUACAUUCUAAGAGUUUGAGAAAAUACUGAGAUGAUAUGAUCCAAACUCAAAUGAACACUGCUCUUGUUUUGCAACAUUACUACAUUGGAAAAGGCAACUUCAACUCACUUAUAGACCUUCCUAUUGGUGACUGCACUGAAUUGACAUCACUUUGGAAGAGAUGUGUUCCAGAUGGAAAAUCUUUCAUUAUAUGCACCUACUUGCAAGAUACCAAAGGGAAACAUGUGAAUACUUGCCCAAGAAAACAGAGGGCCAUACUUGGUGAAGGUUUCGUCAAUAAGGAGAACCAUUUCAGCCUACCUUAAUAAUUUGGGGAGACCAAGAUACAGUAUUCCUAGUAGAACUAGCUUACAAAUUGAAAAGGCAUUUUGGGUGAGGAGGCCCAACUUGUGAUCAUCAAUAACACAAAGCAUACUUUUAUUAUAGAGAAGCCCAAGGAAGUAUUUAAGCACUUGAAAUCCUUUCUCAUUGAUUUGCUUCCACCUCCUAGGCAACACCUGGAACCACUCACACCAUGACAAGGAUGUGCCCCUAAGCAUUCUCAUGUUCCUGAUAUGGAGUAGAAAUGGACUUCUAAUUCAUGAAGAACUAAUGGGCUCUUUGAUUAUGCCAUCUAUAAUGUACUUCAGAACAUCACGAAGCUACAACAGCACCAUUAUAGAGUACCCACCACAAGUCUAAUGGAGCAUGCUUCUCAACCUUCACAAUUACUUAAGAGAGGGACAAGGCAAACAUAGGCCUAAAAUUGAAUAUCACAGCAAUGUCUCUUCUACAAUUGCUAGCAUCUGCUGCAGAAGCGUCUGG